AAAAGCGAAACUGGAAUCUCAUGCUGCAUUUGAAUUUGUGUAUAUCUCUCCUCGCUUUGUAACCAUUGUCGUGGGAAAACGAGAUCGGUCGGAUUAAUUGUUUAAGGGGGAGGUGAGAAAUGGAAGGACUGGAGGGGCUUAUAGACAGGCUGAUGGAAGGAAGAAAAAACAAUGGCAAAAAGAUUCAACUAAUAGAACCUGAAAUCCAACAGCUUUGCAUCACGGCCAAACAAGUAUUCCUCAGCCAGCCUAAUCUCUUACAAUUACAAGCUCCGAUUAACAUCUGUGGUGACAUUCAUGGGCAAUAUCCGGAUCUGCUGCGGCUGUUCGAGAUGGGUGGGUUUCCUCCGGACGCCAACUAUCUUUUUCUGGGGGACUACGUGGACAGAGGAAAGCAGAGCAUUGAAACCAUAACCCUUCUGUUUGCAUACAAAGUCAAGUUCCCCGACAACUUUUUCCUACUUAGAGGAAACCACGAAUGUGCUUCUAUCAACCGAAUCUACGGAUUUUAUGAUGAAUGCAAAAGGCGUUUCAGCGUCCGUCUUUGGAAGAUCUUCACAGAUUGCUUCAAUUGCUUGCCCGUGGCGGCUGUAAUAGACGACAAGAUCCUAUGCAUGCAUGGUGGGCUUUCCCCCGAAAUGCAUAGCUUGAAUCAGGUGGGAGAUAUAGAGAGGCCCAUUGAUGUCCCGGACCAGGGCCUUCUAUGCGAUCUUCUUUGGGCCGAUCCAGAUAGAGACAUCAGAGGUUGGGGCGAAAAUGACAGGGGAGUUUCCUUUACCUUCGGCGCAGACAAGGUCACCGGUUUCUUGAAGAAACACGAUCUCGAUCUAAUAUGUCGCGCUCACCAGGUAGUUGAGGAUGGUUAUGAAUUUUUCGCAGACAGGCAGUUGGUUACAAUAUUUUCAGCACCCAACUAUUGCGGGGAGUUCGAUAACGCAGGAGCUUUUAUGAGCGUCGACUCCAGUUUGCUAUGCUCAUUUCAAAUCAUUAAGCCGUAGAACGAAUCAGUACGAUCUAUACCUUCUGCCUUCAUUUAAUCAACCAGACAAAAUUUAGACUCUCUUCCUAGUUUCUAAUCUAGCCAUUCCAACAGAUUCUAUUAUUUUUUUCCCUUUCUUUUCAUAACAAUCCAUCAUUCCUAGGAUUUGUAUAUAGCGACCGACUUCAACUCUAUGUUGUAUAUACCUGAUGUGUUAAGUUAAUAAAACUAGAAGACAGUAAUUAAUUUC